AUGGUACUAUCAAUGAGUGCCCUAGCUACUGCAUCGAGAAGCAUAAGUGCCGAGGAAGGAAUGAGAACGAGGAGGCUGGUUGUUAUAUCAAAAUGUGUCAAGAGACAGCCAAUGGAGUGCAACAAUUGCUCCGGGAUUUGUCUAAGGACAAAUUCAAAGAGACACAAAUGCAAGCUCACUCCAAGGUCUUGUAAACCUAAGAAUAUUACAAAACCAAUCUUCAAGCCGUUGAAGCCAACUGUAGUUACACGGAAUGAAUCGCUCCUUACUUGUGAGAAAAGACGUUGCAAUAAUUCCUGCAUUGAGACAAAGCAACGUUGCAGGCAUCCAGACAGCAAAGAAGUGGUUGCUCAUUCAGUAUGUGUUAAUGAACUCCCUGAAGCAUGUAAGAACUGUACUGUGUGCCUGAGGACUGGAUUGAAACAUGAGUGUCAGAUCACUAAAGAAGAAUCGCUACCACUUUGUAAUGAGAAGAAACCACCAGUAAGGCCACAACCGUCACCAAAGCCACAACCACCACCUAAACCAGAGGAGACACCACCUCCAGAGCCUAAACCAGAAGAAUCAGGAGAGGAAGAAAAGACACCACAUAAACCAGAAGAGAAACCACCUAAACCAGGAGA